AUGGGACAGGCACCUUCAGUCCCUAAGCCGGGGACAAAUAUCCAAGUCAUUGGAGCCGGACUUCCACGCACAGGAACCGCAUCAUUCAGUCGAGCAUUGGAAAUCCUUCUAGACGGCCCAGUCUUUCACGGCGGCACACAAGCAACACUAGGACCACCAGUUCAAAUCAAAAGAUGGAUGGCAGCACUCCGUCUCUGGGACUUAACAACGGCCCCAGAUUCAGACUCAGACUCAGACAAAAACGAACCCAAUAAAAAAGCCAUGCUUAAUCUCAUAUCAACCCAAUUGAAUGGCUACGCCGCCUCAACCGAUGCCCCGGGCGCCCAAUUCACACCCGAACUAAUGGAACUCUAUCCAAAUGCCAAAGUCAUCUGUACUGUUCGGGAUAUCGAAGCUUGGGAAAAAUCUAUGAAUCAAGUAAUGCAUUAUUCCUUGCUUUGGUUUUUGAGGGGUCUUCUUCUUCCUUUGCCGGGUAUGAGGCAUUUUAUUUCUUAUUUGAAUUUGUUGGGCGUGCAGUGGACGAGGCUUUAUGGGGAGAAGCUUCCUACUAGACUUACUUAUGAGAGACAUGUGGAGUGGUUGAAAUCUGUUGUGCCGGAGGAGAAGUUGGUAUUUUUUGAUGUUAAACAGGGGUGGGGACCGCUUUGUGAGGCGUUGGAUGUUGAGGUGCCGGAUCAGCCAUUUCCACAUAUUAAUGAUGGGGAAGCUAUUGAUGGCGUUGCGAGGUUUCAUAUUAGACGGGGAUUGAUUAGCUGGGGGGUUAUUUUGGGAUUGGGCGUUGGGGUUUUGGGGUGUGUUUUGUAUAGAUGA